ACAGCAGCCUCCUCCUCCUGUCCUGUCAGCAGUGUCAGCUUCGUGCUAAAUAAAAUAAACCAUAUCAUGUGCUUGUUAUAAAAUACAUACGGCUGAUUUUUUUACGUUUAAUCUUAUAAUUGAGAUGAGUUUUGGUUGUUAAAAAACCAGUAUAAUUGGUCUUUGUCAGUGACUUCUAAUCAUUUCAAUGCCAUUAUCCGUACGGCAACGAACUAUUCUUAAUAAAAAUGGCGUUAAAAGAACUACUAGUUUUAAAGGAAAGAGAUCGUCAAAAGUCAGUGAGGGAGAUGUACUAGUUGUAAAUGCUCCCUCAGAUCUAAGAAGUAUUGCAUAUCCUGGAGGUGCUGUGGUUUUAGUAUUGUUACUCUCAGCUCGUUUACUCUCAUCAUAUUAUGGCCAUAUAGCAGACUGUGAUGAAACAUACAAUUAUUGGGAACCUUUGCAUUAUCUUGUUUAUGGAAAUGGAUUGCAGACGUGGGAAUACAGUCCAGCCUUUGCUAUCAGAUCAUAUAUGCCAUUGUGGUUAUUUGCCAUACCUGCAAAAAUACUAGCUGUAUUUAUGAGUCCUGUAAAAAUAUUUUAUGUGUUACGAGCAGUACUAGCUAGCUUCAGUGCCGUUGCAGAGCUAAUGUUUUACAAAGCAAUAUGCCACGAGUACGGCGUGCACGUGGGGCGGGUGUGGCUGGGCCUCACGCUGCCGGCGGCGGGCUGCUUCGCCAGCUGCGCCGCCAUGCUGCCGUCGUCGUGGAGCUCCGCGCUCACGGCGGCCGCUCUCGCGUGCUGGUGGCGGCGGCGGUACCCUGCCGCAGUCAUGUUCACGGCUGCCACUUCCUUACUAAGUUGGCCAUUUACAGCUUUAAUUGGAGUGCCCAUUGCCAUAGAUAUGAUUUUCAUGAAACAACAAUAUGUAACGUUUUUCAAGUGGUCGGUCAUAUCGCUCGUCACAAUUUUGUUACCUAUGAUAAUAGUGGACUCUUGGCAUUACGGGCGGCUAGUAAUAGCGCCGUGGAAUAUAGUAGCUUACAAUAUAUUUACCGAACAAGGACCAGAUUUAUAUGGAGUCGAGCCUUGGACCUACUAUUUUGUCAACGGAUUUCUCAAUUUUAAUAUUGUAUGGAUAUUAGCUUUAUCGAGUCCACUGCUGUUGUUGGCGUGCACCGCAAUCUCGGCUCGCUCGACAGCACGGGCCCCGUUCUGCUCCCCUUACUGGCUAGGGCUGAUGCCGCUCACGCUGUGGCUGAUAGUAUUCAUGCUACAGCCACAUAAAGAGGAAAGAUUUCUGUACCCAGUGUACAACAUGAUCGUGCUAGCCGGAGCUAUCGGUGUGGAUUGUUUGCAAAAGAUGACAUAUGCGGUCGGCACUGAACUGUUUAGAUGGCGUAAAAUGAGGGAAAAACGUCACUACCUCGUGUACACCGGUGCACUCAUGGCAAUAUCUGUUUCCGUAGCCGGGAUUGUCAGUGUUUCGCGGAUAAUGGCGCUUUUCAAUAACUACAACGCACCGAUGAACAUUCUGCAUCACCUGCCGGUCACGAAUGACACAGGCCUUUACCAAAACAAGUAUGUUUGUUUUGGUAAAGACUGGUACCGAUCGCCAUCCAGUUUUCUCCUGCCUCCUGAGUACCGGAUUCGUUUCGUAGCCAGCGAGUUUAAUGGACAACUGCCGGCACCUUAUGCUUCAUCACCUAAUGCCACCCGUCUCGUUCAACCACAUUUCAACGAUUUGAAUAAAGGUGACAACCGCACGUACCUCAGGCCUUCGGAAUGCCAUUAUUUGGUUGAUACAGACAUUGGACAGCCUAGUGGUAUACAACCAGCGUACCACCGUAACUCAACGUCCUGGGAAAUCGUUGCAAGCCUUCCUAUAUUGAAUGCUGAGAGAUCUCAUACAAUUUUUAGGGCAUUCUAUGUUCCGUUUUUAUCGAAUAAACACAACGUUUAUUCGUCAUUAUAUUUGUUAAAAAAUAAGAUUAUUGACAGUUUAAACUAGUCAUGAUAUUUAAGUUAGCUUUAGUACUGGGUACUAAGCGUUAUCAAGUGAAACUGGUUAUUGUGACCCAUUUGUUCUUUUUUUAAUUAUGGUUCUACUCUGCUAAGAGGAAAAUGUAAUAAAUAUCAAUUGUAUAUUGUGUAUUGUACACUGCUGUCAUUUUUGUUUAAAAAAAAGAUGAAAUAUUUUUCAAAGUUGCAGCUUUUCAGCUCUAUCUAACAGAAAAACCUACACACCUCGGCCAGUAAACAAGAAAUCCUCAGAUCGCAUGAAACAUAAGUACCUAUAUGUUUUCAAACAGCUUACUUGUAAAGUAAGAAAUGCUGAGCCCUAGGUAUGUAAUAUAAUAUUAGGUGUACUUCCUUUUUGGCGAAAUUUAUUUCGCCAAAUUUCACUUGGCAACCAACUUUUCGCCAAAGUUUCAUUUGGCAAACCAAUCGUUGGCAUAACCUUACUUUGCAACCAUUUCAUUUCCCAACCCCAUACUUGCGAAAUGAAAAUGACGUACUAGGUUGGGUUAGGUUAGGUUGGAUUAUGUAAAUUUGCGAAAUGAAAUUUCGACCAACUAAAAAUAUGGGAUAAAUAGUUUGGGAACUGAAAGUUUGUCAAGUAAUUUUCGCCGAAACAUCAGUCAUCAUCAUCAUCAUCAUGUCAGCCGAUAGACGGCCACUGCUGGACAUAGGCCUCCCCUAACAUCAGUAAACCAUAAUAUUAAUAUACUAUUAAAUAUUACCUAAAAUUCGAUCAUUCGCAGCAAUCGCAGCUACACCAACCGUUCAACCAUUACCGGCCAAGUAGACGAUACAUUUUUUUUUCUUAAACAUGCGCAGAAAUAUUGUAUUUAUGUUCAUGAUAAUAGGCGAUUUUAUUAUGGCAGAGUAGGAAACGCUUAUACGGUUAACAGUGGUAAUAAAUUACUGACAAUGCGUCUUAUACUCGUAUAUUACUUCUGUUCUGUAUGACCGUAGGUUCCUAUACUAUAUAUUUAUGCCUGCCUAGACAUUGCCAAUAAUGCUGUAAUAAAAAAAAAUAGCAUUGCAUUGGUUUACUGGUAGAGAAUGCUUUAAGGCAUUAAGGCCGCCAUUUGUACCUACAUAUUGUAUUGUGCAAUAAAUAUUAAAUAAAUAAAUAAAUUUUCACCUCACCAGCUGGUAAGGGCUCUCUUGAUAUAUAGCCACCUUCUGGAAAGGCCCUGAAGGCCAGCGAAGGUCAGGCAAACCGACAGAACGAUGGGUUGACGAGAUCAGACGGACAGGCGGAGACAAAUGGAGAAAGGAGGCGCAAGUUAGAGACAAAUGGAGACAACUGGAGGAGGCCUUCACCCUAA